AUGCUUGCAUUUUGGAUUGCUGCACUCUUAUUCUUCGACAUAUCAACAGGAAAAGAAGUUUGCUAUGAAAGGGUGGGGUGCUUUAAAGACGGUUUACCAUGGACUGGGACUUUGUCAAGACAGUUGGCAGGUUUGCCCUGGUCUCCAGAGGAGAUAAACACUCGCUUUCUGCUCUACACUAGACAUAAUCCCAAAGUCUAUCAGGAAAUCAGUGCAGUUAAUUAUCUAACUAUCCAAACCUCAUACUUUGGAACAGACAAGAUGACCCGUAUCAACAUACCUGGAUGGAAAUCAGAUGGAAAAUGGCAGCAAGACAUGUGCAAUGUGUUACUAAAAGUGGAAGACGUGAACUGCAUUAACAUAGACUGGAUUAACGGUUCGCUGGAAUACAUCCACGCCGUAAACAAUCUCCGCGUUGUCGGUGCUGAGGUGGCAUAUUUUAUUGAUGUUCUCGCGAAAAAGUUUGGAUAUUCUCCUUCUAAAGUUCACUUGAUUGGCCACAGCGUGGGAGCACAUCUGGCUGGGGAAGCUGGGUCGAGGGUACCAGGCCUUGGAAGAAUAACAGGGUUGGACCCAGCCGGGCCAUAUUUCCACAAUACUCCAAAUGAAGUUAGGCUGGACCCCUCGGAUGCCGACUUCGUCGAUGUCAUUCAUACAAAUGCAGUUCGCUUGCUCUUUGAGUUUGGUGCUGGGACUAUUAAUGCUUGUGGUCACCUUGACUUUUACCCAAAUGGAGGGAAGCAUAUGCCAGGAUGUGAAGACUUAAUAACGCCUUUAUUUAACUUCGAUCUCCACGCUUACAAGGAAGAAGUGGCUUCCUUCUUUGAUUGCAACCAUGCCCGAAGUCAUCGCUUCUAUACUGAAAGCAUUCUCAACCCUGAUGCAUUUAUUGCUUAUCCUUGUAGAUCCUACAGAUCCUUCAAAGCGGGAAAUUGCUUCCAUUGUCCCAAAGAAGGUUGUCCAACAAUGGGUCAUUUUGCUGAUAGAUUUCACCUCAAAAAUAUGCAGCCUAAUAGAUCAUAUUAUUUUUUAAACACAGGGUCUCUUUCCCCAUUUGCCCGUUGGAGGCACAAAUUAUCUGUCAAACUCGAUGGAAACAACGCCACUCAAGGGACCCUGUUUCUCCGUGUAGGUGGAACGACCGGGAACACGGAGGAGUUUGUGAUGGCCAGUGGGACACUUAAGCCAGGCAUGACUUAUACAAAAUUAAUUGAUGCAGACGUUAAUGUUGGAAAUGUUACAAAUAUUGAGUUCAUUUGGAAGGAAUAUUUGUUGGGGCAUUCUCAGAAUAAGUUGGGAGCAGAAAUGGUGACAGAUAUAUCUGGAAAACAUGGAUAUGAAUCUACCUUCUGUAGCCAGGACAUAAUGGGACCCAAUAUUGCCCAGAUCCUGGAACCAUGCUAA